AUCAGUUCGGACAGAAGAGAGAACAAGAACAAGACAAAAAUAGCAUUAAUACAAAUUUGUCCAGUGGAGGAAGAGACUGAACGUGUCGAGCAUCGGAUAUCAAGCAUGUCUGUCCUCAUCUUGGCAGCUCUGCUUUCCUCUGUGACAUGUAGCAGUGCUGACAUAAGUGCCUCUGCCUGGGGACGACAACACUGCGUCAGUGGAUACUGUGUCACUCUCAAUGACGGAGAAGUAACAGUAGAGGCUGGGCUCUGUGUUGUGAUCCCGUGUUCUUAUAGGACUGGUGAUGGCUUUACACCUAAACAUAUAGCUUGGUAUAAAUGUGAAGUAUCUGAACCAAGAUGUGGUAAUCCUAUCAUGAUAUUUCACACCAACAACAGCAUUAAAGUUCAAUCUGGGUUUAAAGCACGAGUGUCCUUUUUGGAGCCUGAUCUGAGCCAGAACAACUGCAGCUUCUUCAUUAAUAAGCUAAAACAGUCUGAUUCUGGAUCAUAUCACCUCAGAGUUAUUGGUGAACUGAAUGGAAAACCUGAUGGAUUUUCAUUCUCUCCAAGAGUGACUGUUUAUGUAAAAGGUUUUAAGCUGAAGCCCACAGUAAUGAUUCCCACACUGACUGAGGGACAGCAGGCCACACUGACCUGCACUGCUCCUGGUCUCUGCUCUGGAUCUGUUCCUCAAAUCACCUGGACAUGGAGAGGAGCAGGAGGGACUGAAUCUUACAUUACAGGAAACAGCACUGAUUACAAGACUGAGAAUCUGACUGAUGUAACACAGAGUCCUGUCUCAACUUUGACCUUUAACCCAUCAGCUAAACAUCACAACACGAACGUCACCUGUAAGAUCAGUUUUACAGGAGAAACAAUUACAGAAGAGACUUCAACCUUGAAUGUGAACUACUUGAAAGAAGUUAAAAUAAGUGGUGUUACAAGGGUGAAGGAGCAUGAAUCACUGAAUCUGACCUGCAGUGUUGAAAGUUUCCCUCUAUCUCUGAUUAGGUGGUCCAGACUUAGUUCUGACACAAACCUGCAAAGUGAUUUGAGAUCAGCAACAUUUAUAAUCCUAAAUGCAACAACAAAACAUGCUGGACAGUAUGUUUGUAUGGCUCAAUAUAUGAACAAUACUCUGAAGGAGAAAGUCACUGUAAGGGUGAUGUAUUACAGGAAACCUCAGAUUGCUGGGAGAACGGUCGUUAAAGAGGGAGAUGUUCUGAAUCUAACCUGCGGUAUUGAAAGUUUUCCUCCAGCUCUUAUUGUUUGGAAAAUGUUGACUUCCAAUAUAAAUCCUUACAAUGGAACUAACACUGAUCUGUACAAUGACACUGGAUCAGCUACACUUGUUAUCCAGAAUGUGGCAGCAGAACAUUCUGGACAAUAUGUCUGUGCAGCAAAACAUCUGGAUACAGUUCUGACUGUAAAUGUCAGCGUAACUGUGACUUAUAAAAGGAAACUUCAGAUCACUGGCGAUACAACUGUAGAAGAAGAAAAUGUUCUGAAUAUGACCUGCAGUAUUGAAAGUUUCCCUCCAGCUCUUAUUGUGUGGAAAAAAAUGAGUACGAACACAAACCUUCAUAGUGGAACUUACCUGUAUAAUGACACUGGAUCAGCUACACUUACCAUUCCAAAUGUGACAGCACAGCAUUCUGGACAGUACAUCUGUACAGCAAAACAUCUGAAUACCACCGUGACUUCUUAUGUUAGUGUAACUGUGACUUAUUCAAGGCAACCUCUGAUCAAUGGGAAUACAACUGUUAAAGAGGGAGAUGUUCUGAAUUUGACCUGCAGUGUGGACAGUAUCCCUCCAGCUCUUAUUGUGUGGAAAGAUCCUAUCUCCAACACAAACCUUCAUAUUGGAACUUACACUGAUCUGUACAAUGAUACUGGAUCAGCUACACUUGUCAUUCAGAAUGUGACAGCAGAAGAUUCUGGACAGUACAUCUGUUCAGCAAAACAUCUGGACACAACUCUGAUUUCUUACAUCAAUGUGACUGUGACUUAUUUAAGGCAACCUCUUAUCAUUGGGAAUACAACUGUUAAAGAGGGAGAUGUUCUGAAUUUGACCUGCAGUGUGGAAAGUAUCCCUCCAGCUCUUAUUGUGUGGAAAAAACCUAUCUCCAACACAAACCUUCAUAUUGGAACUUACACUGAUCUGCACAAUAACACUGGAUCAGCUACACUUGUCAUCCAGAAUGUGACAGCAGAAGAUUCUGGACAGUACAUCUGUACAGCAAAACAUCUGGACACAACUCUGACCUUAUAUGUUGAUGUGACUGUGACUUAUAAAAGGAGACCACUGAUAACUGGGAAUACAACUCUUAAUGAGGGAGAUGUUCUGAAUUUGACCUGCAGUGUUGAAAGUAUCCCUUCAGCUCUUAUUGGGUGGAAAAAAGUUAGUGACAACACAAAUCUUCAGAGUGGAAUUCACACUAAUUUGCACAAUGACACUGGAUCAGCAACACUUUUCAUCCCAAAUGUGACAGCAAAAGAUUCUGGACAGUACAUCUGUGCUGCAAAACAUCUGGACACAAUUGUGACCGUAAAUGUCAGUGUGACUGUGACUUGGCUAUCAAAUAUUCAAAAUGGUUCAGGAUGUGUGCUUCACUCACAGAUCUUGACCUGUGUGUGUAUUAUUGAAGGGUUUCCUUUACCUACCAUCCAGUGGUUGCCCCUCAAGAACAACACUGAGUACUCUGUCAUUACUGCUGUGUCAAAUGACACAGUCAACAGCACUGUCAGCCUAAAUGUAGAAAAGCAUGGCAACAUCACUCUUGAAUGUGUCAGCAACAAUGGAAAUGAAGAAGCUAAAGAAAAAUUCACAAUCCACAACAACUCUAAAAAAUAUGAGCAACCGUUAGAUUUAAGCAAGGGAUACCUAAAAGUCAUCGUUGCCUUUUUGAUUGGGACACUUCUUACAGCAGUUGUUUGCUUUUUGGCCAAAAAGUAUUACAGAAAAAAACAGAAGAGCUCUGGAAACCUUCAUGAGACUUUGGAGAUGGACAGACGUCAAGAUGAUCCACAGGUAUAUGAUGGUUCCCUAUUAGAAGAAAAUCUGACUCUGAUCUUAAACAGUGGACCAAAAGAAGUGGAGUAUGCUGACACUAAUUUAUCCCUUUGAAAAGAAAUAGUGCCAGGGAAGCACUAAGGAGGAAAGCGAUAAAUGAUGCUCAAAUUAAGAAAGUAGUACGAGAAGAAGGUGGAGAUGAUGGUGGAGAAUAAGGUGAAAGAGGAGGAGGUGGUGGUACUGGAGAUAAAAGACUGUUUUCCAGAAAAGGAAGACGGAUAUAAGGAUAAGUAUUUGUUUUAAAUCUCCAUCUUGUCAGGAAACAGUGCUUGUGGCCAAUAUGGUUUUUCAGUUUCAAAGAAUAAAUAAUCAAAUGUUCCAGUGUCAGCUUGUCUCUCAAAUUAUCUGAAAUAGCAUGUUAUUUUAGAAAAAUGUCACAGUUGAUACAAAUUUUAGAUAUGUCUUUAUUAUAUUAAAAUCUUCAGUUUAAUCUUAGUCUUAAGUCUAUGUGUUGUGGAAUGAUUUUUUCGUGUUUUAUUGUUGAGAUGACAAAUGCCCACCCUGAGAUUGUCUUGUCAGAAACAUUGAAAAGAUAUAAUUAAAAGUGUGUACAUUUAUUUACGAAUAAAAGUUGCCCUUUUUUUACC